GGCAUUGUCACAUCCGGGUAGAUUGUGAGGUCCCCGGCCUCGAUGCUAUCUUUGGAAAUAUCAGCCUUGGGCACUGGGCCCUUUUUUUUUUUUAAUAAAAAAAAAGGUUGGGGAAAACAAACUGGAAAUGCAUCGGCCAUUGGACGUUGUGCAAGAGCGAGAAGAGGGUCGACAACAGCAAAGUGAAGUGGUUGUGAAGGUGGUGGAAGUCGCACUCCAAGAAAAGGGGAACGACAAGGUGCAGCCAAAAAAGGCAGAGGAGGCCAACCAGCAAGAGGCGGAGCACCAUAAAGAGGCGGAGGAGAACGACCAGCAAGAAGAAAACGACGACAUGGAGCAGCAAAAAAAGGCGGAGAUGGAGCACGAAGAAGAGAACGAGGAGAUGGAGCAUGACGAGGACGAGGAGGGGAUGGAGAAUAAAGGAGAGGAGGAGACAAUGGAACAGCAAGAAGAGGCGGAGGGCAUGGAUCAGCAGGACAUGCAGCAUAACGCAGAAGAGGGGGACGACGAAGAGGAGCACCAGCCUGCAGUGAAGACUGUGGACACGCGUAGGCAACGACCGGUUGUGUCCGCACAGUCUGUCGAGAACAUACCCGACGUCCCUCCCAGCAAUGAGGCUGUCCAACAUGACAACCUGUGGGUGAGCAAGGUGGGGAGGAAGAGAAAGGAGCCGAUGGAGGAUGCUGCUGUGACGCCUAAACGUGCUCGUGGCAGGCCCCGCAAACAGAAGACAGCUGAACCCGGUCCCAAAAAAAAGAAAGAAAAGGAUUCGCCGGCGCUGGCGAGUGCCACGGGCAGGUGCGCUGCAAUCUCCCCCGGCUGCCAACGCCUGCAGAGAGAACAGGACCGACAACAUAUCCACAAACCCACCGUCCGUUUUCAAUCUCACCUGGGCAGGUGACCGGCAACGGCACGGAAAAAAAUGGCCGUUGCUGCAUCCAGAGC